CAACAAAUUAGGCUUUUUACAGCCAAAACGUAAAACUCUGAAGAGGGAGUUUCAGGUUAAAAAGUAAAGAGUGAAACCUGGCAUUUCUGUAAACCCUGCCUGUGCUACUGAGCAUGCAUGGGCUUGUACCUGUUGGGUUUGUCAAGUACGGGAAAAGAAGCCUGAGCAACUAAGGAUCAGUGUGUUUUGUUGUGAACAUAUCCAACAACUUGCGAAACAUUCUUCUGUCUUUUUUUGGCAACAGAAAACACAUGUUAAAAUGAAAAGACUCCAUCAAUCAAAGCUCAUCUUUGGGAAGAAAGGAGAUACAGGACAAGAUGAAGAGACUGAGACAAAAAGAAAGAGAGAAGGUGAUGAAGAUGAGACAGGAAGAGCAGGAGGGAACCUACUUCCAGUGGGCAACACUGACUCUCCGAUACCUCGUACUCAAUUAAGAGCUCAUAUGGCUCCUGUUGAUGAUGUUGGGGCAUGGGGGGAAUCACUCGACCAUCUUCUGAAGUGUAAAACAGGCCAGCUGGUGUUUGAGGACUUCUUGAGGACAGAAUACAGUGAGGAGAACCUUUUAUUUUGGCUGGCCUGUGAAGACUACAGGAAAAUUACCAGCAAGACAAAGAUGACGGUUGCUGCCAAAAGGAUCUACGCAGAGUUUGUCCAAGUUGAUGCGCCUAGACAGAUAAACAUCGACUGCGUGACGAGAGAAGAGAUCAGUGAAAACAUCUCACAGCCGGAGCCAAAUUGCUUCGACAGGGCGCAGAGACAAAUAUACGGUCUGAUGGAGAACGACUGUUAUCCACGAUUUCUGAAGUCAGAAAUAUACCAAGCUCUCCUGGAACAGGCUGAAAGCCAUGAAAGCAACGUGAGGAAAAAAUGAAUGAGUGAUUCUGCACUUUGGCCCACUCUCCUUAGAAUCUAGGUUUUUAAGAAAAAAGGCUUGUCUGUCAGGGGAAGCAGAAGUGAAAGGAGCUACAGAGCUGUCGGUAUGAGGACUGACAGGAUCUAAAAGCCAAACAUAAUCUAAAUAAUGUAAUAAGCAGCUUUUGAAGUCAAUUUUUGUUUGGAUUGUUUUGUAUAGCACCGAAAAGGCCUGUAAGUCAGAAAAAAAGGCUCACAUUAAGUUCUGAAAGGUUGACAUUUGUUUGGAAAAGCAGGCCUCAAGAUUCAAAUGUUCAUAAUUUGUGUACACAAAUUAGUCAUUUGUACCAUUAAAUUAAUUGUAAUCAAGAAAUGCUGAAGAGUUCAAUUUCAAAAGCUCUAUGUCCUGUCAACAAAAAUCGCCAACUGCCCAAUGCAACUCAACCCCAAUGACAUCAUCAGUUAAAAUGAUUUAGUUAUAUACAUUUCUGAAUAAUCCAUUACCAGCACAGUUUUUUAUUUGUGAUCUACCACCCUUGUAAUUUAGUUUUUGUUGGAUACACAUCUCAUGAAAGUACAGUAAGAGCAACUUUGAAGCGCUGCAUACUCCCUGCUCUUUAGUAAGUUAUUAGUGAGAAUAAAUAUUGUGUUUUGAAUUAAAA